AUGGCGCCCCCCAUCUCGGAGUAUGGCGUAGUCGCUUCGGUCCGAACGCUGAUCCCCAAUGCGGCGGCGCCCAACGGGCCCCGACAUCCCGGGGUCCUGCAGAUCUUCCGCCGGGCCCCGCGCCAAGGCGAUGGCCCUUUUGGCGUUGACCGCCCGGCCGAGGCCCUCCUCCGCUGGGUGCCCUGGGUCCGGGACUCUGGGUGA